AUGCACGCCCAUCGCCACAAGCGGUCGGUGGAGGCGUAUGGCGCGUUUGUCGACGUCGGCUCCGAGUCUGAUGGCCUGGUGCACGUGUCCCAGCUGUCGGACGGCUACGUCAAGAACGUGGCCGACGUGGUCAAGGUCGGUGCCUCGGUCAAGGUCAAGGUGUUGACCGUCGACCCCGCGCAGCGCCGCCUCGCCCUUACGAUGAAGGGCCUGGGCAACGCCCCCGCCGCGCGCGCCGCGCCCUCCGCGGACGCCUUUGACGCUGAGGACGCCGCCGACGCCGAGGAAGCCGAGGAGGCGUUUGCGCUGGAGGCCGGCGACGUGGCGCUGGACGGCGUGGUGUACCGCGUCGACGAGGACGAUUACGAGGCGGAGGGCUACGAGGAGGGCGACGAGUACGAGGCUGAGGCCGAGGGGGAGCUGGCGCUGAUCGCGGCGCUGGAGAACAGCAUCGUGGAGGGCAAGGUGACCGGCGUGGAGGACUUUGGCGUGAUCGUCGAGUGGACCUCCGCCGACGGCGCCAAGCGCAGCGGCCUGCUGCACGUCAGCGAGAUGCGCGCCCCCGCCGCCGCGGCCGAGGCCGAGCUCGGGGCCGACGCCGCCGCCGCUGACGAGGAGGCCGAGGAGGGCGAGGACGCGGGCGGCCUGCUGGCUGACGAGGGGGACCGUCCCGCUACUACAACGUGA